AUGCUACUGUUUCUUGCAAUAUUUGUAUUGGGGGAAGCGAGUGCUAACACAACAGCGACGCCAGUGUGUGAACGUGCACCGCCGCAUGCGCAACCUGCCGAUGCCCUUUACAAAAUAGGUGUCGCGGGCGACCCAGAUUUGUUCCUACCGGGAGAACUUUACACUGUAUCCCUACAAGGAGUUGAUAGUGGACAGGGUGCAACACCGUUCGUAGGCUUUGUAAUAUGGGCUGAAGUAGUCGAGGAUUCGGAAAAUGAAAGUAUAAAUAGUACUAAAACAGCUAACAGUUUGUCGUAUGGAACCUUCCAAGCGUAUGACGCUCAAACAAAGACUCUUGAAGCGUGUAAUCCUGCUGUAGAUAAUACGACAGCUCAUCCUAAAACUGAAGUGCAAGUGAUAUGGAGUUCGCCAUCCAUUUUAGUGGACACUUGUGUACGGCUGUGUGCCCGCGCGUCGAACGCAGACGGCACUAAAACCUCUGUUCUGGCUCGUAAAUUAUGCCCUGCGCCGAUCGCAACUGUCAGUCUCAAUAGGCAACCGCUAAUAGUUGAACCUUGUUGCGCUUGUGAUGAAGCUAAAUAUGAGGUUACCUUUGAAGGUUUAUGGAAUAGAAACACCCAUCCACGAGAGUUUCCACCAGAAAGUGCACGCGCACAUUUUGGCGACGUAAUAGGAGCAUCUCAUACUGCUCAGUAUCGAGUUUGGCAAGAAGGUAGAGUUGCUAGUAAUGGCGUUCGUAGGUUAGCUGACGAUGGCACUACCACGGCCCUUGAGAAAGAACUUAAAGCAGAAAGCGACCAUAUUCGCACAAUAAUUAAGGCAAGAGGUAUAUCUUGGCAACAAGUAGCUGGUUCUGGUAUACCUACCACCUUUGCAGUAUUUCGAGUUGAUGCUAAACAUCAUUUGGUUUCUUUAGCUGCAAAAUUAGCGCCUUCCCCCGAUUGGAUAGUUGGUGUGUCUGCUUUAGAACUAUGUAAUACAAACUGCACUUGGAGAAGAUCUGCCAUUUUACCCCUUUAUCCUUACGACGCGGGCACCGAUAAUGGUAUUAGUUAUAUGUCUCGCCGUAGUCCUACGAUCCCACCAUCGCCAGUUAGAGCGUUACGUCCAGAAUGGCCGAAGGAUUCUCGCUCUCCCUUUUAUAGUUCCACCGGGGAAAUGCGACCUUUUGCCAGACUUCGACUGACCAGACUAAGAUUAUAUGAGAAGAGCUGUGAAGUGUCAGAAACCGGAGGUGAUAAACCUCCAGACGAUACAGUAGGGGGCCCGGGGGGCUCGUGCGCGACCCACGCGUGGGGUCCGUGGGGCCCCUGCAGCGCGACGUGCGGCGCCGGCCGCGCCGCGCGCCAGCGACACUACAUGUGGCCUGUCAGAGCCAAAACUGACUCUUGUAGAGUUGCGCUUACUGACUACCAAAGUUGUAAUGGGCCGAGGUUACACUGCAGAGUGCAGUCUGAGUACGAGCGCGACCCGGCAGAGAGCACGGGGCCGUGCGCCGUGUCGCCGUGGUCGGCGUGGUCGCCGUGCGCGGGCUGCGGCGUGCGCGCGCGCACCCGCCACUACGUCGCGCCGCGCGCGCACAAGCGCUGCCACGUCGGCUUCCGGGCGCGCACCGUCAUGAGCCAGGCCAUGCCGUGUGAUGCUGGGCCGUGCUACAAACCCACUGGAGACUAUGCCAACGUUACUAACUUCGAUUGGUUUUACAUAGACAAUCCUCGGACAGACUGUCCCGUGACGUCGUGGGGCGGGUGGUCGCCCUGCUCCAGCCGCUGCGGGCGCGGCCGCAGGAUACGCACCCGCCUGUACAUGUCGCGGGACUCGCAAGUGCAGAAACAACUCACUAAAAAGUUAUUACGAGAUUGGAAUAUGCGGUUUGCUGAACUUCAGAACCUUGAAUUACCAUAUGAAAAUGUAACCAGUGAGGACCCAAGAGUUGAAUCGCUUGUACAAGAACAUCUAGAUCGUUGUCAGUACACGAUGACUCAACAAGAAGCGCUGUGCGAUGGAGAAGACAAUAGUUGUGAAAAUGAAACUGUCUCUGCAGAGGUGUGCAAUAUGCCGGUGUCCGUGGGACAUUGUCGGGGCUACGAGGAGCGCUGGUUCUAUGACUCCUCACGAGCUGCUUGCGAACCGUUCGGCUAUACGGGGUGCGGAGGAAACUCUAAUAACUUCAAGAACAGGGAAAUCUGUCUUCGAGCGUGUUUAAUGAAUAAUGAUACAGACAACAGUAGUGAUACACCGUCUCUGUUAGAGGCAAAUAUGAAAAGAAUAAAAGCAACCCCGUCGACCGCAGACAACGAAGUUAUACAAAACGACGCGCCCAUACCUGAAGACGUCAACUGUGAGAUGGGUUCGUGGCUGGGGUGGAGCGAGUGUUUCGGAGAUUGCGAGUUCGCUGUCAAACUAAAUUAUCGUCAUAUUGUGAGACCUUCUUCAGGAUUAGGCAAGCCUUGUCACAAAGUGGUGAAGAGCCGCGAAUGUAAACCCUCGUAUUGUAAAAAACUUGUUCUUAGUUUUACUAAUUCCUCUGAAGAAUAUAAUGUUAAUGUUCAUAGGAAUACAGAA